UUUUAUCGAUAACGACUACCAGAAGUCGUUUUUUUUUUUCAAUCAUUUAAGCAUGAAGGGUCUUGAUAAGAUUAUGUAUUGAAACGUGGUGCAGUUUUUUGGGUGGUAUAAGUUAGAAGUAGAGAUCAUUUUCGUUUGGAAACAGUCGGUCAUUAUUAUUUCUCGGAAUAAGAAGCAGUUACUGUAAAAUGCUACGAAAAACCCUAGUUUUGUUUAUAAGCAGCAUUUUGAUCGGUGUUUGCGCUGCAAAUGUUUGCGUCGAGAAUGGGAUGGAAAACGGAUUUUUACCUCAUCCCACAAAUUGUUCAUUGUAUUAUAGUUGCUACAAUGGGAUUGCAUAUGAGGUUUCCUGUCCAGCCGGAUAUUACUUCAACCCAACCGAAGUGAAGUGCGAUGCAAGUUAUGUGUGUCUGGUUAAUAAUUGUCCUUCCACGGGUAUUCAUCGCUUGCCUGUGGAGGGAGUUUGUGAACAAUAUAUUCUGUGUGUUGGUGGUGAGGCAUUCCUUCGAGAGUGCGGUGAAGGGCUGCGGUUCAAUAGUACCGCGGGAAUGUGCAUCGAUGGAGUAGAAUCCGGUUGCAUUAACAACGAGUGCGAUAAGACCCAAGGCCAUCCACAAGGUUUCGUGGAUCCGUUCAACUGUGCUGUGUACUAUAUCUGCGACGAAUUCUUCGAACCAGUGCAGUUCCAAUGUCCGGAAGAUACGAUAUUCGACGCUGGUUUGCUGGACUGCGUUAAAGGGUCCUGCGAGGCGGAUGCGACAACCACCACUGCCGGAACUACGACUACUGCCGCUGCAGACACCACAACCGAAGGUGCAACCACUUUAACCGAAGCUGCAGGUACUACAACCGAAGCUGAGACUACUACCACUGAAUCCUCAACGACGUCAACCGUUGAAUAAAAACGAGCCAUACACCACCGAUCCGAAUGUUAUUAGUUUCCCAUUAAUGUUUACAAUAAACCAUAAUAUCGUUAUACAACAUAUUAACCUAGUUACUAACAUAUUAAAAUAGCGACCCAUUUGAACAUGUUCUGAUACUACGAUUUGAAUAGACCAACAUCACAGAUUCAAUGUUAAUCAAAGUGAAUAAUUUUUCCCUCAGCAGCUGAGUCUAGUGUUUCGAGUAAUCGUAUCAAUGCUUGAUUAAGUAGAAUUGUAUGCCUAUCAAUUAUUCAAAGUCUAGCUGCCUGAUUUAUAUUUAUUAACUCUUAAAAUACAUAUCCUGCAUUUUGUAAAGAACACAUUAAUUCUUGG